AUGUCACCAACGUCACCACCACAAAACACCAAUCGACGGGAAGUCAUAGAGUACCAUGAUGGAGUGAACUCCAUGACCAUUCUGGGAGACGCUUUAGGCCACCAACAAGCAAACAGACUUGUCCGGAUAAUUGUUCUGGAUGACGGAACAAAAGUUGACACGCAAAAAGCGUAUCCAGGUCUUGAUGAGGCAGAUAUAGAAUAUCUGCAGAAAAAGGGUGCCCUCAAUUUCCCGCCGCGUCAUGUUUGCCGCGAACUUCUUCGUCUCUACUUUGCUUGCAUCUACCCAUAUGCGCCAAUCUUGGAUCGUGUAAAGUUUGUCCAGGACUACGACACCAACCAGCAUUCUGCCUUCCUUCUUCAAUCGAUUCUCGCUAAUGCAGUGCCGCAUGCUCCUCUAGAGCUUCUUCGGGAAGCCAGCUACAAGGAUCGCAUCACAGCUCAAAAAUCACUGUUCACCAAAGCUAGGCUCCUGUACGACCUUGGAUGCGAGAACAGCCAACUCCAUCUCCUUCAGGGUUCGAUCAUGCUGAGCUCCUUGUCAUUUACAUAUGCGAUGGACAAGGACUAUCGAUACUGGCUGAGUAAUGCAGGCAGGAUUGCCACUAGAAUGGGCCUGCACAGAAACUAUAUGUCCGAGACGCUCGACACGCAUUCAAGGCAUUUAUUUCGCCGCAUCUGGUGGGUGCUGUACAAUCGAGACACACUUAUGGCCGUUUCAGGAAUCGAUAACCUUAGAAGAUUCAAUGAUCGCUAUUGUGACACUGCUCCUUUGACAGAAGCGGAUUGGGACGAGCCUAUCGAAAUACCAGCUAGCUGCGGCGAUAUUAUCCGCCCUAUGCCGCGAUUACAGAUAGUUUUCAUGGUCGAAUACUGCAAAUUGUCAACCAUAAGUGGGAAAUUUAUACAUGAUUUCAAAGCUCCCGGCAUAGUUCCUACACCAGACGACAUUGAGCGGUUUAGUGACCAGCUCGCCUUCUGGAGACGACAGCUUCCUGUGGAAAUGCACAUUGGAGCACUUGCAGAAUGGUCAUCAGACAACAUAUGGGUCUUGGUGCUACUAGCAAUGGGCUUUCGCUUGGAGGCGAUAUUCUGCCGUUCCGUCAGAGAAUAUCAUCGCAGCAAAAACGAUGCUCCCUCCAUGCAGAGCACUGCUCGACGACAGGAAGCCGCUAUGUUUGAGCUUUCUACGAUUAUUCAACGUGCUUCGAUGCACCAAGUGCUCCACAUAUGCCCUCUAUCUUUUAUGACCUGUGCCUCCACCAUCCUUGCUAUGCGGAUCGAAAUCGCACUUGACCCGACUACCACUGCCCGCAAGCAGCUCGCCAUCAAGACUCAAAUAUUCACGGAGCUCGAGUAUCUGAAGGAAAGCUGUGAGUAUUGGAGCAGUUUGAUCUGGACUGUGCGGAUGUUCGAGGCUGUGAUUAGCCGGACUCGCCUUGGGCUUACCCCUACAUCACCAAACGACACUCCAGAUGGAGACCGCGAUGCAUCCCCGGUCAAUCAGCGAAACGAUACCAGGGGCUAUGAGGCAGGAGUGCAGAGCGGUCCCGUCGAUUUUCGGGACAAUAUUGCUGUAGCCAUCAAUACGGAUGCAAACUUGGCUAUGUCCAUGUCAGACGACGUUUUUGGCAUCCUACCCGUCACGGACAACUACGACUGGCUACAAAACCUAUUUGGCAGCAAGCUUAACGACGAUUUGAUGGAUGAUCUUUAUUUAGCAACAUAG